AUGGGCUGUGAGAGCUCCAAGUCUGUGGACAUGGUUUUCAGUGGAACUAACAAAACAAGUGGUUCUAAACAGAAAUCUGGCACUGGCAUGACAAAAGCAAAUUCAGAGCUUACAGAUGAUGAGAUGCAGAAGAAAAUUUAUCAAUACAUACAACUAGACAAAGACAUUCUUGCAUGGGAAGGAAAGAAUAUACCAAAGUCUUUGCAAGCAACGAAGGAACGAGCUAAUGAAGUAGCCAAUUCAAUGAAGGAGUUGGAACAACAGUAUCAAGCAGCAUGUGACAAAAUGAUUAAGGAAAAAGCUGAUGUAGACAAAAUGCAGAAUCCAAGUGUCAAAGUGUUUUUUAAAAAUCAGCAUGAGUAUGAGGAAAAAUUGACUAAAGAACAGGAAGAAUACUUGGAGGCCAUCAGCGCACAGGAAGUUUUAAAGAAGCAGCUGGAAGGUAUACAGAUGCAAGCAAGGAACUGCGAUGCAGAAGUUCAGGAAAUGUCCAAAGAGAUGAGCAAACUCGCUUUACUAUAUGAUGAGCAAGAUCAGAUAUUAGAUGAUAUAUUCAGUGGUGCAUACGGAUCUGGCCUGGAAAACAGACUAGAAAGCGAAGUAGAAGAGCUUCUUGAUAGGAAGGAGAGAAUCGGAGUAGCAAAAUACAAAUGGUCAAAUGGCCGGUUGCUUCUGCAGCAUGCCUACAACCAGCUAGGGUAUGCUGUGAGUCGCUGGCAGACCAUGGAUCAAGUACCCAGCAGCAGCAUACAAGUGAAAUACCAGCUGGCAACUGAGACUAGAAAUAACCUGAUUGCAGCAAGCCAGAAUAUUAUGAAUGCAAAAAGAUAUUUGAAUAAUAUCAAGUUCCCAUACUGCGAACCCGAAGAGAUAGCUACACUAAACAAAGCCUGCAGCAACAUCUAUGUAGACAUGCUGUCCCCUGACAGACACCAGCAUGCCCUACAGUGCUUUUGUGUCACACAUCGGAGAGCAUCAGCACUACUGCAAUGGUUUGACAAUGUUAUUAACCAGACAAUUGAAAAAGACCUGGCAAGAGCCAAAGCUGAACUUAUACAAAGACAAGCAGAGCUUCGCAAAGAGCGACUGCGUUUGAUGAAUGAGAAGAUUGGAGGAAAUGCAAGUAACAUGAAGAUUUCUGAUAAAGAUGUACUUGAUGAGUUUGAUGAUGACUCUCUGGAGCCAGAACUAUUGGCUAUUUCUGAGCCAGACAGGGUCGAAGGAGAGAAUGUUGGGCUACAGCCUGGAUCCAACGGACAGGUGAUGGCACCCACGCCACUUCCACUCAGUGAACUGGCUCCACCUCCUUCACAGGAGGAUCUCUUUGGCAACAUUGAACAACUGAAGGAACAACAUCAGCAAGAGAGAGCACAGAUUGAGAGAAUCCAAGAAGCAAACAGGGCCAGAAUGGAGCAAGGGUUGCAGGAAAAGUUGAGGCAGAGGAGAAAUCAAAGAACGAGAAUGAUGGAAGAAUAG